CCGCACGCGCGCGCACACACACCUCUUAAGUCCCUACUUAAGUUGCUCUUUGACCCCAGAGUGCUUGAUGUUUACUGCCAGUGUUUAAAGCGACAUUUUUUAACAAUGCACAGCAGAUCAAUGCUGUAAAACCACGCUCAGCUUCCUGACCCCCAGGUCAGAUGUAGAGUGUUCUGAGUGAGCAGGUCACACCGGAAUGGGACAGAGAGAUGGCACACAAUAUGCAGUCACCAACAGCGUCAGAGAGUGACGUGAAUCUCGGAGCAUCAGCGAAUCCUCAUGCGAAACCCACCGACUUUGACUUUCUCGCCGUGAUCGGAAAGGGAACAUUUGGCAAAGUGCUUCUGGCUAAACUCAAAGCUGAUGGGAAAUUUUAUGCUGUGAAGGUUCUGCAGAAAAAAGUCAUCCUAAAGAAAAAAGAGCAAAAGAACAUUAUGGCUGAGAGGAACGUCCUGCUGAAGAGCCUGAAGCACCCCUUCCUUAUCAGCCUUCAUUACUCAUUUCAGACCCCAGAGAAGCUUUAUUUCGUCCUUGACUACGUUAACGGAGGAGAGUUAUUCUUCCACCUUCAGAGAGAACGAUGUUUCUCAGAACCGCGUGCACGUUUCUACACCGCCGAGGUGGCGAGUGCCAUCGGCUACCUGCACUCCCUCAACAUUGUUUACAGGGAUUUGAAACCAGAAAACAUCCUGUUAGACGCACUGGGCCACGUGGUGCUGACUGAUUUUGGCCUGUGUAAAGAAGGACUAGAACCAGAAGCCACCACGACCACAUUUUGUGGAACACCAGAAUAUCUUGCUCCAGAGGUGCUCCGGAAGGAGCCUUACGACCGCACAGUGGACUGGUGGUGCCUUGGUGCCGUGCUGUACGAGAUGCUCUUUAGCCUUCCCCCGUUCUACCGACGUGACGUAGCCGAGAUGUAUGAUGCCAUCUUGCACAAGCCCCUGCAGAUACCUCCUGGGAAAUCGGACUCGGUGUGUCACCUGCUGCAUGGGCUUCUGCAGAAAGACCAGCAUUGCCGGUUAGGGGCCAUCGCGGACUUUCUGGAGAUUAAAAACCACAUUUUCUUCAGCCAUAUUAACUGGGAUGAUCUUUACCACAAGCGGCUCACUCCACCAUACAGCCCUAACGUGAGAGGCCCGGCUGACCUCCAGAACAUCGAUCCAGAGUUCACCAGAGAGAUGGUGCCCAACUCUGUGAGCCGAACUCCAGAGCUGAGCACCAGUCUGGCGACCAGCAGCUCCAACGCCUUCAGCGGCUUCUCCUACGUAUCCAGUGAGAACAGCUUCCUCUGAGUCGAGUCGACCAGACUUGAGUUUUAAUCUCUUCAUUUCAACAGUUCUGCUGAACGGUGGAAAAAAAAAAAACAGCAGCAUCUGAACAGAGCGACACUUUCUUCUUCAACCAGACGUACUGUAUAAAAUGGCCUAAGAAGAUUUUGGGUUUUUUUGUUCCUUUGGUCACGUUUCUCUCUGCACUGGCUGCACUGGUUCUCUCCACAAGUCUGGUUGAACCUCAACACCAGCACUGAACACUCCAGUGUUUCAGACGUCUUAUUUUCUAGCAUUAAAAAGUCAAGUAGAUGAGAAUGUACACUACCGUUCAAAAGUUUGGGGUCACUUUGAAAUGUCCUUAUUUUUGAAAGAAAAGCACUGUUCUUUUCAAUGCAGAUCACUUUAAACUAAUCAGAAAUCCACUCUAUACAUUGCUAAUGUGGUAAAUGACUAUUCUAGCUGCAAAUGUCUGGUUUUUGGUGCAAUAUCUCCAUAGGUGUAUAGAGGCCCAUUUCCAGCAACUCUCACUCCAGUGUUCUAAUGGUACAAUGUGUUUGCUCAUUGCCUCAGAAGGCUAAUGGAUGAUUAGAAAACCCUUGUACAAUCAUGUUAGCACAGCUGAAAACAGUUGAGCUCUUUAGAGAAGCUAUAAAACUGACCUUCCUUUGAGCAGAUCGAGUUUCUGGAGCAUCACAUUUGUGGGGUCGAUUAAAUGCUCAAAAUGGCCAGAAACAUGUCUUGACUAUAUUUUCUAUUCAUUUUACAACUUAUGGUGGGAAAUAAAAGUGUGACUUUUCAUGGAAAACACAAAAUUGUCUGGGUGACCCCAAACUUUUGAACGGUAGUGUACACAACAAUAUAACUGCCUUUCCUUUGUCAUGUCAGUGUUUCAGAAGUUAUAUUUCAGCUUGAAGAUCAUGCACCGAAAUACUUUAGCGCGAUUAAAGAACCAAACGCUGCAAAAUGUGAGCCGAAGUGUAAAAACACAGCUUCCUGUUUGUAUUCCUUCAUGACUGUGAACUUCAGAGCGCUCAGGUUUCUGAUCUCAGCCUCCCUUUAGAUUCUUUACUGGAUAAUUCAAUAAAUUUAAUUCUAAAACAGGACACUACGUAUAAGAAACAGCGUCCAUGUUUAAAUACUAUAAUCGGGGGAAAAAUAAGACUGCUUUUUAACUAUACUGCUUUUGCUGAAGUUUGAUUUUUACAAGCAGAUGAUUAGUAAUGAUGAUUCCACACUGUUUUAAAGAACGUGGUGUAGAUAUGCGCGAUAAUAAAAUGCAUUGAUGGUUAACACCA